AUGUCGAUUCUUAUUACUGGUGGCACCGCCGGAAUGGGCUAUCACUGCGCCACGGCGCUCGCCCGUCAGUACCCGGACCGCCGCAUCGUGAUUGCUUCGCGAUCAAACGCAGACAACGCCUCGGACAGAAUCAACAAAGCCCUCAAUCAGAACAACGUCGAGUACCUCCGCCUCGACCUCGGAAGCCUCGCCGAAGUGCGCGCUUUUGUCAAAAUAUGGGCCGAUAGGAACUACUCCCCAAUUGAAUACCUCCUCCUCAACGCGGGGCUUCAGUUUCCCGGAGAACCGGAAUACACAGUCGACGGCUUCGAGAAAACAUUUGCCAUUAAUCACGUUGGUCACGCGCUGCUCUUCUCUCUGCUUCUUCCGCACCUCGCGCAUACCGCCCGCAUUGUGAUCACCUCUAGUGGCACACACGACCCCGCACAGAAGACCGGGAUGCCUGAUGCGAUAUACAACACUGCCGAAGAACUCGCGCAUCCCCGUGGCGAAUCGUUGAAAUAUCCGGGACGCCAGCGAUACCCGACUAGCAAGCUAGUGAAUAUGCUUUGGGGAUACGCCCUCGAGACACGAUUCAAGAAGCUGCGCGAGUCCAAUGUGCGCAAUUGGACCGUAGUCAUGUUCGACCCUGGGCUCAUGCCGGGCACAGGGCUGGUCCGCUCGGGGAAUGUGAUAGAGCGCUUCAUAUGGUUUUCUCUCUUACCCAAGAUUUUGCCCCUGCUAAGGGCUUUGAUGUACCCGAAUAUCCAUACGCCUGCCGAGUCGGGAGGAUCGCUGGCGUGGGUUGCGGCAAGCGACGAGGUCCAAAACACUACGGGGGUCUACUACGAGGGGAAGAAGGAGAUCAAGUCGAGUGAGUUGAGCUACAAUAAGGAAAAGCAGGAGGACCUGUGGGAAUGGACUGUGAACAACAUUGCAACGAAUCCAGAGGAGGUCGAGGUGUUUUCGCUGAAGCGGUUGGGAUAA